AUGGCUCACAACAUGGGGAAAGAAGCAUUCCCGCUCUUUAGGUACAAUGAGUUCGACGUGGCAGCUCUCUGUCAAAUUGCAAGCAAGAUGCGACGGGGUAUUCCGUGCACAUGUGACUUGAAUCAGCGUCCGCAACGAGGCGGCAUUAACUGGGCUGUUUUCGUUUUAUUUGAAGAUGGCCUUGAAUGGGUUCUUCGCUCGCCAGUGCAGAAUCACCCCGAGCUGUCUCAUGAGAGUGUCGUCAAACUUCUGUUAAGCGAAACUGCUACGCUCAAAUAUCUCAAAGCCUACACAGACAUACCUGUUCCUGAGGUUUAUUCCUAUUGUGCAUAUCCAGACAACCCUCUCCGGAUCGCAUACAUUUUGAUGAGCAAGGCGGAGGGCAAAUCGUUGGAAACAAUGUGGGAGGAAAAUGAUCUUCAUCAUCGUCCGGGAUCACUCGAACUCAACAAAGUGAUGUCUCAACUUGGCCACAUUACAUGGAAACUUGCCCAAGUCAGGUUUGCCCAAAUUGGGUCUCUAUUUGAAGAAAAUGGUUAUUUCGCUAUUGGACAAUGCCUAUCAAAAGGCCACAUACAAUACAAAAGACAUUCCUUGGGAAUUCCUCGUGGACCUUUUGUCAGUGAGGGUGAGUUCUACUACAGCCUCAUAGCGGCUUUGGUCAAGCACGCCGCAACGCUGCCGUUGGCGCACCAUUGCUUCGCUGCACCGGUACCCUCUAGGAAUGACUAUCCUAACAUGGAUCUGUGGCAGGGUGCCCACGAUCUUUGGAAUGACUUCAUCACUGUAGGACAAAAAGUUGACGGCGCAGCAAAUAGAGUUGACUAUGUUAUUGCUGCCAAUGCGCUCAAGCAUUUGAUCUCUCAAUAUGCGAGCAACUGGUCCGGAGUCGUAUUUCCGGUCACCUUUGCACUCUGCCACCCAGAUCUCACCAUGAGCAACAUAUUCGUCGAUGAUCAAUGGAAUAUUACCUGCAUUAUCGAUUGGGCGUUCGCCACAACUAUGCCCGUUCCCUUGCUUCUGGCACCACCCGGGUUUCCUCAGUCGCGGCACAAGCUAGACGAGAGAUUCUGCCUUGGUUUCAGAGAUGGCUUCAAACAUGCAGCGGAACUCAACGCGCACAAUCAACUAAUGGGCUUGUCUGUCCCCAAAGCUAUCCAGUGUGUUAAAAACAGCCAAUUUGCUUGGUGUCUCACAAGGUUUCUAGCAUUUGAUUCCUCAGACGACCUUUCACUUUUUCGUACCAUGUGGGAAUCAGUCUACCCAUCGCAACCGAAGCUCGAGUCAUAUUUCUUUUCACAAAGAAAUCUACCAUAUUUUCGAAGCCUGUACAGAAGAACCGGACUCGAGGACUUGUCAAAACCUCGGAUCGAACAAUCAGAGAGUGAUCAUUUCACCAAACCCUUGACAUUCGAGCUGUCUUUGGCUCGUCAUUUGACAAUGAUUUCAGACUGGGGUCUCAACUAUGACCUGUUCAAAUGUGCUGGCCUCCGAGAUACAGGGGAGAUAUUUAUAACUGAGGGACGGCUUUGGCGAUGGAUUUUGGAAUUCAAAAAGCAGCAACGCGACAGGUUCGGCAUUGCAGAGUGCGAGUUUUGA